CUGUAAUUGCUUAACUUUACAAUUUGCUAAUGAAAGAUCCCAUAUUGUAUACAAUCAAUAAACUGAAAAUUUUUUCACUCCAGAAAGAGAACUGCAGCAGCUCUUCAAUGCUCUGUAGUAACCGUGAGUAAGUAUGUGAAGCGCGGAUUUUCCGGUGAAUCAUUUGUAAGACCGGGAAAAAUAAGGAAAAGGGCAUCGCCGAAGCGCCAUGUUUCUAACGAAGUAAAAGAGCAAAUUCGGCAGCUCAUUUACAAUUUCUGUGAUGAACGACGUCAUAUUACAUGCACUCAACUAUUAACUGAAGUAAGAAAAAAUAAUAUUUCGUUUUAUGGAGGAAGUGAAACUUUAAGAAAAGUUCUUCAUGAUAUCGGCUUCAAGAAUAUAAAACGUAAUAAUAAUCGAUAUCUGGUCGAGCAGCCAUAUGUAAUAGCUGCUCGUAUCGAAUUCCUAGCUAAAUAUAAGAAAAAUAUGGAUGCUCUUAAGCUUAAGGACACUUAUUCUGUGUUGGUUGAUCCUGCUAAAGCCACGGAUUCAGAGAAGUUGGUUGAUUCUACCAAUGAUACUGAAUCUGAGAUGUCGGUUGAUCCUGCCAAAAACACUGAUUCUGAGAAGUUGGUUGAUCCUGCCGAAGACGCUCGAACUUUCAUAUUCCUAGAUGAAACAUGGGUGUUUCGCUACGGGACAGGAAAGACUCGAGAAUGGCAGGACUCCAGCACUCGUAGUGUUUCUGUAAAGAAAGCGUCUAGCGGACCAAGAUACAUUGUUUGCCAUGCAGGGGGCAGAAAUGGAUUCGUAGACGGCGCCGGAUUGUUCGUUAAUUCUUCAAAAAAGAUCAAUCCUUUGGACGAUUAUCACGGUGCAAUGAACGCCGAAACUUUUAAAGAAUGGUUUAAAACUAAACUGUUGCCAAAUUUGAAAGAACCGUCGAUAAUUGUGAUGGACAAUGCGUCCUACCACUCUUCGAAGGUAUUUUAUAAUUAAUUAAAAUCUAUAAAUAGAUUAAUUCUACUUGAUAAUUUUAGGAGAAAUCUUAAUCAAAUCUAC